UCGGAGUGGCCUUCUACACUGUGGGACGUUCCCUCACCACUGUAUUUAAUGUUUUGCUGUCAUAUGGGAUCUUGAAACAGACCACGUCCUUCAACGCCAUAUUGUGCUGUGGGAUUAUUCUAGUGCCAAUAAGAUGCAGAAGCAAGUGGAGGUCCGGAUGGAUGAGGACCACUUGGAGCCCACAGUGGACACGAGUGAGAGUGCUUGUAGCAGUGUAUGUGAUAAAAUCAUGAAGAACAUGGUUCUAACUCUGACCAUUCUUGGCGUGUUUCUGGGCUCCAUUGCUGGAAUGCUGCUACGACACAUAUCACCUCUCCCACCUGAUGUUAUCAUGAUCAUAAGCUUCCCAGGGGAGAUCCUAAUGAGGAUGUUGAAGAUGCUUAUUUUGCCUCUUGUUGUUUCAAGUUUGGUCACAGGAUUGGCUGGGUUGGACGCCAAAUCUAGUGGCCGUUUAGGCACCAGAGCCAUGGUGUACUACAUGUCAACAACAGUCAUUGCAGCCAUCUUGGGGGUGAUCUUAGUGCUGCUAAUCCAUCCAGGGAACCCCAAGCUAAGAGCGAAUCUUGGACAGGGGAAGAAGAAUGAUGAUGUUUCUAGUGUGGAUGCUUUCUUUGAUCUUAUCCGAAAUCUGUUUCCAGAAAAUUUGGUGCAAGCAUGCUUCCAACAGAUACAAACAGUGACCACAAAAGUACCAGUGCCCACUAACAGAACCAAAGCACCCCCGCAGUUCACAAUCAAGAGGUCACUUCAGUUCAAGAGUGGAAUGAAUGUCCUUGGUUUGAUUGGAUUUUUUGUUGCUUUCGGAGUCAUCAUGGGGAAAAUGGGGGAUAAGGCCAAGCUUAUGCUUGAGUUCUUUAACAUCUUGAAUGAGAUCAUCAUGAAGAUUGUUAGUGCAAUUAUGUGGUACUCACCACUUGGAAUUGCCUGCCUAAUCUGUGGGAAAAUCAUCUCCAUUGCUGAUUUAGAGGUGGUUGCCCGACAGCUGGGAAUGUACAUGAUCACUGUGAUAGUGGGCCUCAUCAUCCAUGGAGGGAUCUUCCUUCCAUUAAUAUAUUUUGUAAUAGUCAAACAAAAUCCUUUCAAAUUCUUCAUGGGAAUAUUCCAAGCUUGGGUGACGGCACUUGGAACAGCAUCAAGUGCUGGAACCUUGCCUGUCACAUUCCGAUGCUUAGAAGAGAAUCUGAAAAUUGACAAGAGAGUAACCCGUUUCGUCCUCCCCGUUGGUGCCACCAUAAACAUGGAUGGCACGGCACUCUAUGAGGCCGUGGCUGCCAUCUUCAUUGCUCAGAUGAAUGGAAUUGAUCUCGACUGGGGGCAAAUUGUCACAGUCAGUAUGACAGCAACCCUGGCUAGUGUUGGAGCGGCCAGUAUCCCCAGUGCUGGACUCGUAACCAUGCUGCUAAUUCUUACAGCAGUGGGGCUUCCCACUCAGGACAUCAGCCUUCUUGUGGCUGUCGACUGGCUGCUGGAUCGCUUCCGCACCUCAGUCAAUGUGGUUGGUGACUCGUAUGGAGCUGGGAUUGUAUACCAUCUUUCCAAAGAUGAGCUCGACUCCUUUGAUGCACAACAAUCUCGGCUGGAGGAUUUUGAGAUGACUAAAACAAAGUCCUUCUUUGACAAUAACACCAACCAGAAUGUAUACGCUCACCAUAAUUCAAUCCUGAUAGACGACUGCAAGGUCACCAUGGGCAAAAAUGGCAAGACUGCAGGGUUCUCUCUUGUUGAAGAGGAACCAUGGAAAUGUGAUUAAAACAGACCGAGGAGCUGCUGCGCCUUACCCUAACUUCUACAAGCUUUUAUCUUCUGAUGACAAAAC